UCCACUUUGAACUGAUCCAUUUUGGAGUGUUGCUUUUAGGUUUUGCUAAUUUCAUCUGUGACUUCUGUUUCCUUUUUGGGCGAAUCCGAUUUGUUCGUAAGGAUUUUGAAAUUGACGUAAUGAUUGGUUGAAUGUUACGUCGAUUUGGCGUUUUUAGUCGUUUGAUGAGAAUAUCAAACGAUCUCUGUUGAGCCGGCUUUUUCUUAUAUGAGUGGGUAUAUAGGUUUUGUGCACAUAUUCCUUUUCCAUUAAAAGAUUCGUUAUUCUAGAAAAGACUGGUAAAAUCAUAUGGAAAUAAUUCGGUUUUUGAACUACGAGCAAAUUACAACCUAUUUAUGGCUAUAUAUACCUCUCCUGUGAUAUUGGUAUUGGUAAUCUAUCAAAAUGCAAUUGAUGAUAUGUUCUUUUUUCCAUUUCUGUUAGAGAGGGAGACUACUGGAAGACUCCAGAUCUCUGCUCUGAACCGUUGCGCAUAAGCACUCCUAUUUAUAAGAGUGAUAGCUGCUAUUGAUCUGACUGGGUUAAACUGGGCUAUGUGCAGUGGGCUGGACAUUCAACAUCCAAUUCUUCUGCUACUCCAUCAUCCAGUGUGAUAAAAUCUCAAAAUAUGAAGGGAAUGGGCCAAUUAUCUGUAGAGACUGAGGACUCCUUUUCCAGUUUGCUUGAGUAUGCGGCUAACAAUGAUGUUGAAGCUUUCAGGAGAACAAUUGAACUUGAUUUGUCUGCUGUGGAUGAGGCUGGCCCCUGGUAUGUUCGUAAGAAAGGUGGAAAGCAGAUUGCACAGGAGGAAAGAACACCUUUGAUGGUAGCCGCUACAUAUGGUAGUGUUGAUGUGUUGAAGUUGAUAGUUGCUCUGCCGGAGGUUGAUUUGAAUAGACUGUGUGGCCCAGAUAAGUGGACUGCUCUCCAUUGUGCUGCCUCUGGAGGAUCUGUUAAUGCGGUUGAUGUUGUGAAAUUGCUGUUAUCUGCUGGUGCUGAUCCGAAUAUUGAAGAUGCUUGUGGUCAGCGCCCAGUUGAUCUGAUUGUAGUUCCUCGGGGGAAUCCUAGUGCCAAAGCUGCUCUUGAAGACUUGUUUAUGAACAGUUACUCGGAUGGUUUUGUUGGUGACAACAGUGUACAAGUCUCAGUAACUGCUUCAAAUGCAUCUUCACCUGUUUUAUCAUCCUCUCCAGAUUCUCCCUGUUCUCCAUCUGAUUCUGCAUCGUCUCCAACAGCGCUAAAGCUCAGUGACAUCCCUUCUAAUUCGGUGUCUGAGAAGAAACAAUAUCCAGUGGAUCCAUCUCUUCCAGACAUCAGGAAUAGUAUCUACUCAACUGAUGAGUUCCGUAUGUAUUCAUUCAAGGUCAGGCCUUGUUCAAGGGCCUACUCUCAUGAUUGGACUGAAUGUCCUUUUGUUCACCCUGGAGAAAAUGCCCGCAGAAGAGACCCUCGGAAGUACCAUUACAGCUGUGUUCCGUGUCCUGAUUUUAGAAAGGGAGCUUGUAGGCGAGGGGACAUGUGCGAGUAUGCACAUGGAGUGUUUGAGUGCUGGCUGCACCCUGCUCAAUAUCGAACAAGGCUGUGUAAAGAUGGCACGAGCUGUGCUAGGCAAGUUUGCUUUUUUGCGCACACCCAAGAGGAACUUCGACCAUUGUAUGUCUCCACUGGAUCUGGUGUCCCUUCUCCAAGAUCAGCUGCUUCUGCAGCUAGUUUCAUGGACAUGGCUACAGCUCUAAGCAUUUUGCCUGGUUCACCCACUUCACACUCUGUCAUGUCUCCUCCUGCAUUUAACCAUGCGCUGUCGCCUACGGCAAACGGCAUGCCUCAUAACUCUGCAGCUUGGCCUCAACCAAAUGUUCCAACUCUCCAUCUUCCUGGCAGCAACUUCCAGUCAAGUCGCCUCCGAUCGUCACUCAGCGCUCGUGAUAUUCCACCUGAUCUAAAUAUGCUUCGCGACUUUGAUGCCCAGCAACAGGCUUUGAAUGACAUGGCAUCAUUCUCUCAGUCACACCCCAAUUCUUCCAUGUUGAAUCGUUCUGGUAGAUCCAAGUCAUCACUGACUCCUUCCAAUCUAGAAGAGCUAUUUUCAGCUGAGUUUUCGUCAUCACCUAGAUUUGCAGAUCAGGCAGUGGCUUCUGGCGUUUUUUCUCCGACGCACAAAUCAGCUGUUCUUAAUCAGUUUCAACAGCCGCAAAGCCUUUUAUCACCAAUUAAUACUAACAUGUUUUCGCCUAGAAAUGUUGAACACCAUUUCUUGCAGGCUUCUUUCGGUGUCUCAUCCCCAAGGAUGUCACCAAGAAGCUUGGAGACUGCAUCCCCGUUGAGCAAUCGUCUCUCAGCAUUCGCUCAGCGUAAGAAGCAGCAGCAGCAACAGAUGCUGCACAACCUUGGCUCCAGAGAACUUGUUCCCAGCCGUGCACCCCCUGUUGGGUCGCCUGUUGGUUCUUGGGCAAAGUGGGGUUCCCCUGUUGAGAAAGUUGAUUGGUCUGUUGGCGCAGAUGAUCAAGGUUUUCUUAGAAGAUCUUUGGCUGAACCUAAGAAUGAUGGAGAAGAACCCGACGUGACAUGGGUGCAAUCUCUUGUGAAAGAAUCACCACCCGAGAUGAUGGUGAAACCUGCAGCUUCCACUUCUGGUGCUGCGCCAUCCGGUGAGUGUUUGAAAACAAAUCCUCAAGUUGACUCUUCUGAUCAUUCUGUUAUAGGGACAUGGCUCGAGCAGAUGCAACUCGAUCAGCUCGUAGCUUAGUAAACAAAACAUGAAUUCAUUUUCAGUUAUACAGGCAAAGACUUAGGAAGUACAUAAAUUUUUGGGCUCUUUUUUUGGCUGGUGGUAGUGAGUCAAAUGGGUUGCAGAAAUGCUGGAGUUCAGAAGUUUUAUGGUUACCAAUGAAUUUGAAAAUUUUCCCCAAUUAUGUACUGAACUUUAAUAUUUAUUUGAUUAAUGUAACAUGAGUUUCCAUUUAUUAUCUGGGCUGUAAUAUUGGAAGUCAGUCCAGUUUGGGCGUUAUUCAUCUUUUGUACUCUGGAUAAUCUUAAGAUUAUCUCUUUUGUAUUCUCAGACACUGAUGAUAUUGCAUUCUAUUAAAUCAUUUAUUUGUA